AUGCCCAACCGCCAACCCCUUAAUGUCCACGAUGCCAACGGACAUUUUGAACGCCAACUGGAUUUGUUGAACACCUCCGGCCCAACUGCAGCACCCGGAUUGAACCAACCGUCGUCUCUCCUUCCACCUCUCCAUCGCCUCCCACGCCGUCAACUAACAUUGACGGCCCUCCCGAAGCACCACUAUAUCCCCUCCUUCGCCUCAGCGUCUGCCGCUGUGGCGUCUGUCAUGCCCCUCAACACUACACACGAUCCUGACACAUCAACAAACACCAAUUAUGAGAGUCUGGUCUAUACCUGUCCUCAUUGCGAUUGCGCCUUCACCUCACACAUCGGACUGGUCAGUCACUUGCGAAUCCAUCGCACAGCGACUGGUGAACCAGUGCCUGGAACACCAACCUACACCCGCCGCGCCCGCCUCCAUUGUCCACACUGCCCUCGCACAUUCCUGCACCACAUGGGCCUAUUUGGCCACAUAUGUAUUCACGAGAGUGGAAUUGACCACAGCCCCGAUACACCUAGCCCAUGCGGCACACUCACCAUGCCUAGCCCCACACAUACCGCCGCAUAG